AUGGUGCGCUUAACCCACUCCGCCGUUUACUGGCGGCGUCGGUGCAUCAAUGACACGUCCAGCGAGGACGAAGAGAACACGCCGCCGAACAUCCAGCCCAGCCACCAGUACGACCGCGACAGCAAGCGCCGCAUCGAAGACGCCAGCGAGUCCGCCAGCGCUACGGGCACAGCAACGCCUCCGUGGCUGCCGCCAGAGAGAAGCCGCCCCAAGUCCAAGUUGGCAACGAACCCGCCGCCAAGCCAGGAGUCGACGUCUGCGCCCGUGUCGCCGCCGGUGUCCAGCCGCCCGUACGCCAGCCCCACCACGUCGUCGCCGGUGCUCCUGGAGACGCCGCCGAGAUCCCCAGCGGCGCUUCAGCCUCGCCACGAGGGCCGUCGUGCGCGUCGUGAAGCUGCCGCGCCUUACGCUCGCCGGCAGUCGGCGCCUCAGCGCGAUGCCCGACCCGUCAUCAACCCACGCGGGUCGAUGCGAGUCACUGCGGACGGAUAG